AUGGCAGACAACGAGCAAAAACAAACCGCCGCCAAACCUGUCGAGGAUGCGCCCAUUUCGCCCAUUGAACGCAAGAACUCGCUCGAGAACCACCUGAUGCAUCGUCCCGACCGCGCUGCACUAGUCGACAAAAACAUUCUUCCCGCAUCCAGCGCUGCACCAGGCCUCCUCUCACAACAGAAAGAACUUCAGAAGCACAUGCUCGAGGAUAAGCUCAAUGACAAGAUUUCGCAUCGUCCGGACCCCGAGGCCCUCGUCAAGGAUGGUGUACUGCGCGAGGACCCCCGCUCAGCAGAGGAACGAUACGAAGAAGCUAUUGAAGACGAAUACGCAAAGCGUGAAGGCGGCGCGUAG